CUCCAUACGUUAUUUAGCACUUACAAUCGAUGCCUUUAUAUACACCCAAGUAAAAAUCAAACAUAAGUGCGGUGUUAAAGCAGGAACUGGUUCUGAAAACCCCCCACUGCUAUGAAGUUAUCCAACACAUCCGCAUCAAAAGAAAAAAGAAAACGUGACUAAUGGCUCCAUCAAGAGCAGUCGGUGGGUGUCUCAUAUUUUUAUUUGUUGGAUUUAUCUGGAUACCAAUUUGGAUCGUUUACAGCUCUGGAAGUGGUGUGGCUAUUACAGUACUGGCUGCUGACGUGGUGGUGGAAACCGAAACAUCUACCCAAUACCUGCUUUCAGCACAAAGCGAAGGCAACGACAAACCUACACUGCCUGAAAAGUUCUCUGAGAUGCUGAAACUCACACGUAGAGAAAACGACAAAGGCCAAGCUGCCACAGACACUACGCUGCCAACUGGAGUUGUGACAAACCAGCCAAUAAACGCAGUGGGUAUACCAACUACGCAUACGCAGACUAAUCAUGAAUGGUCAUCACAGAUCUCAAGUGGAGAUGGAGCUACUAUCAGCAGCAAUCAGAGUAAUGCAGAGCGGAACAAGAAGGCCGGCUCCAAUGAUAAUGCUUGCAACCGAAUGGCUGAUCUUCAAAAAACAACCCUGCACUGGAUCAAGACAUUAUGUGAAGCGCUAAAACGACAGCCAGUUAUUGUGAGAGUGGUCCUGUUGGUUACAGUGGGGUUAUCAAGUUUACUUUUUACUGUGAUUGCUUAUAAGUUGUUGUGUCCAAGGCUAUAUCGAAGGGAAGGAAUAGAGAAACUUUAUGAUAUUGAGGACAGCUGGCUCUUGUUUGCCUAAUAACUAGCAACCCAGGAGGCCUCGAUGUAUAGAUGAUUUUCCUUAGUUGUGGAUUACUCUUUUAUAUAUUAAAAAUAUAUUUCAAAGUUUGUCUCAGUAAAACUGAUACUCAAGAUAUGGGUAGAACACAAGACUUCAUGCCGUGUUAACAUUGCUUUAAAUGACUUCUAGCAUUUGAUCUCCAACCACCAAUACCCAAAUGAUUCCAUCCACAAUUAUAGCAGAGCCCAGCAACAUAUCACAGGACGUUUUAGAUGCCUCCUUCCAUCAAUGACUGAUAUCAUUGUGUGGGGGUUGUACAAAGCAACUACCACUGGACAGCAACUCCAUACAAAUAUUAUCACAAUGAUUUCACCACUCGAUAGAGGGGGCCACCUUGAAAGACUAAUGACAGCAUUAACACGGUCGCUGGAUUUGUCUAGAUAGGG